UAUACAGCGUGUAUGAAUGAACUUCUGUUCGCAUUUAUCUCCACCGACUUAACACCGUUCAAACGCUUCAAAAUAGAACGGAAGCUAUUAAAACGACCCGAGUCCACAAAAAGCCAGCAGCGAGUCCAGCUCCGGCAAACCGUCUUAAACGAGGAGUCUAAUAAUAAGGGCAAAAUUAUACUCAGAAGCUAGUUCCGGCCGCCAUACAAAAUGACUCACAAGAGGGCUUCUGUCAAGCGCCCACCAACUCCUGUUGCAGACCAAGUUCAUGCUCAUUCAAGCCAACAGCUCACCCUUCAGGAAAUCAUCAAUAUUAAAUUGAUUGAGAGUGGAGAGAAAGAGAGGCUAAAGGAGCUUUUGAGGGAAAGGCUCAUAGAGUGUGGUUGGAGAGAUGAGAUGAAAGCUCUCUGCAGGGCAUUCACAAGGAGGAAAGGAAGGAAUAAUGUUACAGUAGAUGACCUUGUACAUGUCAUUACUCCGAAGGGCAGAGCCUCUGUUCCUGAUUCAGUGAAGGCAGAGUUACUUCAAAGUAUAAGAUCUUUCCUAGCAUCGGCUAUUUAACAUUUUGAACCUAAUCUCCCAGUCUCCUUGUGGAGUCACAUUCUGGUUUCUAGUCCUUUAGUUUGGUUAAUGAAGCUUAUCAAAGCACAUGCUUUCAACGGGACAAGAUUAACAUCUCACUUUUAUCAACCGAUGGCUGAGGCGAUUGUUCUACAAGAAUCAGUAUUACAAGAGCCCUUGUGAGUAGUUUUUGUUAGUGUUGUGAGUUGAGUGUUAUCAGCAACCCAUUGGACUUAUAUGGAAUGGGUGCGUUGCUGCAUUCCAUUGUUAAUAUUUGGUGCCUUUUUAAUUCUGAUUACGCAUCACUAACUGUUUUUAGCUAUUAUGUUUAAAGCUGGUUCUAUUUAAGAUUGUGGUUAUAUGAAUUUAAUUAAUUUGUUUUGAGCACUCCUAAGUGAGUUUGAUCU